CCACGUCUUCAUGGGCUCUACCCAGGCUCCACCUACUCCUUCACAAUAAGAGCCUCCACCGUUAAGGGCUUUGGACCUCCGGUGAUCACCCAGUUCACCACCAAGAUCUCAGCUCCUCUGAUGCCUGCGUACGACCAGGAGUCUCCUCUCAAUCAGACCGACUCCACCGUCACCGUCCUGCUGAAACCAGCUCAGAGCCGAGGAGCUCCUGUCAGUAAGUACCAGGUGGUGGUGGAGGAGGAGCGCCCCCGCAGGCAGAGGAGGGACACUGCAGAGAUCUUGCGUUGUUACCCGGUGCCCAUCCACUUCCAGAACGCGUCUCUGCUCAGAUCUCAGUAUUACUUCAGUGCAGAGCUGCUGAUGAGCGAGCUGAGAGCGCCAACCGCCUUCUGUGUGGGUCAGUAA